GUCUUCACAGUUGACUAUCUCCUCAAGAUGGUCUGCGCCCCAUUUGUGCGCCUUGAGGCGCUAGAACCAUCGUUGGAAUACUUUGACUUCAACAGCUGGACCAAUCGGCCUUUGUCUCGCUGGGAGCGGUUCGCUCAAAACUUUAAGCAAUCAAGCAACGUCAUUGACCUAUUGGCCGUUCUUCCCUGGUGGUGUGACAUGCUGUUUGGACACUUCCUACCAGCCGCAUCGUUCCUGCGCAUUUUGCGACUGGCGCGAGUUUUUCGCAUCUUCAAAUCAGUGAGGCAUUUGGAUAUGAUGCAGGUCCUGGGGCUAACAUUGUGGAAGAGCAUGGGUAUGGUUGCUAUCGUUUUCACGAUGAUCACCAUCAUCGGAUUGAUUGCUUCCUGUCUACUACAGCAGCUGGAACAGGAUGCGGAGGUUUUUGAUUCUGUUAUGAGCUCUUGGUAUUGGACAUUUUGCAGGCUCAUUGGCAUGAAGGAUACUCCAUACCGCGCGGGAAAGGUGGUCUCCUACUGGGGAAUUGCCAUUCUGGCAUGCACCUUGACAUUGAAAGGGGUGCUCUGGAUUGUCCCCAUCGAGCGAAUCAAGCAAAUCUUUUCCAAGGAGUAUGCAGAUGUUGUGGAGGACAAGAACUUGCAAAGCAAGGUGGUGAAGGAAGUCAAAGAGAUUCUUGAGGGAUCACAGGAGACUGUCGAGCACUUCUUGAAGGAUGGCCCGGCUUCUUACACUUGUGCGAUGUUGACCGUCCACACAAAGGAGGGUGCUGUUCAGAGCUUUGUCCCUUUGCCAAUCACGAAGAAGUCAGUUGUUGACAACACGGGAAGUGAACUCAGUUUGGCACUGGGAAGUGAUAUGCAGGUCAGUGUCCGAAUCAAGUGGGUGCCAAACGAGCGAAUGGAUGACCUUCCGUUUGGCCAGCUCGUCCUCGCAAUUGUCGAGCCGAGCAAAUUGCCACCACUUGCAGAAGUGCAAUGGGAGGUCUUAACCGGGGCCAAUCACAAAGAAACCGAGACGGUCACACUGGACAGCGCUAAAUCCGAGAAGGAAGUGCGCUUCGACAUCCAAUGGAUGCCGUCAAGGGCAAUUGAGAGAAACAAGGUUGCUUCAAACGUGGAGCACCACGUUCACGAUCUUGAUGAAUUUCAGGUUCAGGUUCUCCAGAUGCUUUAUGCCCAAGAAGAGCUGAUUGAAGAGCAAAAGAAAAAGAUGGCCAACCAAAAUGAGCAGCUGGCUGCUGUCAGCAGUAGGAGAAGACCUUGAAGCUGCUUGGAAGCCAAAGCCACAGCUGCAGUACAGUUGGUAGACUCCCUACCGCUUCCUUCAGCAGAGCAAUCUCUUUGCUAGGGCUGUAGGCCAGGCGUUCCCACUAUGGCAGGGCAGCGGGGUCACCCAAGGUGACUGGCGGAUUGAUGUAUGACGCAUGAGCACUGGACACAUCAUGAACAG